CAAAAUUACAAAUCCCAUUAGUGACAACAUCUCUCUUCUCUUCAUCUAAAACAAUUUGCUAUCAGACAGAAAAAAAAAAGAGAUGAAUGGCGGAGGAAAGGUGGUCUGCGUUAGUGGAGCUUCGGGUUACUUAGCGACUUGGAUUGUUAAGCUUUUGCUCCUCCGUGGCUACACCGUCAGGGCUACCGUUCUAAACCUAACGGACACGGCGGAAACAGAACAUCUUCUUGCACUUGAGGGUGCAAAAGAAAGACUAAAACUGUUCAAGGCAGAUCUUUUGGAAGAAUGUUCAUUCGACCAAGCUAUCGAAGGUUGCGACGCUGUCUUCCAUACGGCUUCUCCGGUCAAGUUCAACGUUACCGAUCCUCAGAUUGAGCUAAUAGAUCCAGCCGUAAAGGGUACUAUUAACGUCCUUAACACAUGCAAGAAAACUUCCUCCGUCCAAAGAAUCAUUGUAACAUCGUCCACGGCUGCGGUUGUUGUUCGUCAACCCCCUUUGGAGCCAAACGAUGUGGUGGACGAGACUUUCUUCUCUGAUCCAAGUGUCUGCAUGGAAACAAAGUCAUGGUAUCCACUCUCCAAAACUUUGGCAGAGAAUGUAGCGUGGGAAUUUUCCAAAGACAACGGAAUGGAUAUGGUCGUGAUAAAUCCAGGAUUUAUAAUCGGGCCACUUUUGCAACCAACCCUUAAUUUUUCGGUAGGGAUGAUUGUGGAUAUGAUAAAUGGUAGGAACCCUUUCAACUCAAUAUACUACAGGUUCGUGGACGUGAGAGAUGUUGCCUUGGCUCAUGUCAAAGCGUUGGAGACUCCUUCAGCCAAUGGCAGAUACAUAAUGGAUGGCCCACGUAUGACGAUAACCGACAUUAAAGAGAUUAUGCGUGAAUUAUUUCCAGAUUUGUGUAUUGCUGAUACGACGAAAGAAGAAGGUAAAACGAAAGAAAUCAUUUACAAAGUGUGUCUGGGGAAAGUGAAGAAUUUGGGAGUUGAGUUCACUCCUCUCAAAUCAAGCCUUAAAGAUACUAUUAUUAGCCUCAAAGAAAAAUGUCUCUUGUGAGAAUAUGAUCACGUUCAUAUAUGUAGUACAACUUAUUGCUGGAUGUAUUUAAAUUGUGCGGACUUGUCGUUAAACCGCUCUUGCGACCAACUCUUGUAAACGGAAUUCGCUCAUAACAAGUAUACGUUCGUGUAUGCCAGUUCUCAAAAAAAAAAAACAUGUAUACGUUUCUUGACGUGAGAGAUAUUGCCCCUCUCAUGUCAAAG